AAGGCCAGAGCAUGAUUCUCUCACUACAUACGACAUAUCCUUGUUCUUCUCGUGAUUCCAUCCAAUCGGAAGGCAGCAUCGUUCAUCAAAACCAACAAGGAAAUGGGUAUUAAAGAUCUUCUAAGAUUCAUGAAACCCUACGUUGAGCCCGUUGACAUCAAGAAAUAUGCUGCCAAACGCGUAGGUAUCGAUGCUUAUUCGUGGCUUCACAAUGGUGCAUAUUCAUGUAGUAUGGAGCUUUGUUUGAAUAUGGAAGGAGACAAAAUGUCACAGUACCUAAACUACUAUAUGCAUCGCAUCAAUUUGCUUCGUCAUCAUAACAUUAGUCCACUGCUAGUUUUUGAUGGUUGUAACAUCCCCUGCAAGUCCCUCACUGAGCAAGAUAGACACAAUAAAAGGAAAGGCAACCGUGAUUUAGUAAUGGCAAAGCUCAAAGAGGGUAAUAUUAAUGCUGCAACAGAGAUGUUCCAGAGAGCAAUAAGUAUUACACCAUCCAUGGCACACCAACUUAUUGAGAUUCUGAAGUCAGAGAAUAUUGAGUUUGUAGUAGCUCCAUACGAGGCAGAUGCACAGUUUGCAUAUUCCACUCUUGAUGUAGAAGAAGGUGGCAUUGCUGCAGUUAUAUUAGAGGAUAGUGAUCUGCUAGCCUGUGGUUGCUCCUCUGUUGUUUUCAAGAUGGAUCGAUAUGGCAAUGGGGAAGAGAUAGCCUUAGACAAAGUUUUAGGUUCUGUGAGACGUAUACCUUCUUUCCUAGAUUUUGAUAAAGAGUUGUUCGCAGGUAUGUGUGGUCUAGCUGGAUGUGAUUUCCUUCCAUCAGUGCCAGGAAUAGGAAUUUCAAAAGCUUAUGCUUUGGUAUCCAAGUAUCGCAACUUAUCACGUGUUUUGUCCAUGUUAAAAUAUGAGAAAGGAAAUCAAAUGCCUCAAGAGUACUUUAAAUCUUUCAAAGAAGCAUGUGUUGUUUUUCAUCAUGCAAGAAUCUAUGAUGCAGAUUCAAAAAGGCUAAAACACUUGACACCUAUUCCAGAAUCGCUUGUAAACGAGUUGUGUAAUGAGUUGGAUUUUCUAGGACAUGAAAUGUCUUCCUUUCAAGCUACUGCAAUUGCUCAAGGUCGAUUGGAUCUUUCUACAAUGAAGCCCUUUAAUGCUCAACUAACUAAACCAUCUGAAUCCUUACCUCAUAAUCUGAGUUUCAAACAGGGAAUUUCAGUGAUGGAACAGGAAACGAAGCCUAAGGUGAACGUAGAAGAACGGAGAUGCUUAAGUGAUUCGAGCCUCAAAAUUUUGAUUUCUCCAUUAAAGAAGAAUAUUCUAAGCGGAGAUGAUGCAAUUCCUGCCAAACGGUCAUCACCGAUUCCUAACAACAAUCCUUUCAAGAGACAAAAAAAAACACUCAUGGUCAACAAGGAGCAAUCUUCAGUGGUAACUCAAGUUGAAGUCUUACGAAGUACAGGAGUCGAUUGUGUUUCUGAACAAGAGUCGGGGUGACAGAUGUUGAUGAUUUGAAACUAUUAUGUAUUACUCCCGGUUCACAGAAAAGCAUGGAUUCUAAAACCGUCAUCAUAAUUGGAAUCGGAGAGAAAAAGAGGGUAACAAGUGAAAAGAAAGUUACGAUCUUGAACUUCUUUUGUCGGGUAUAAAAUGCAAUUCUUGUUUGUUAUUAAUUUGAUCUCAUUUG